AAAAAAAUAUGGACAUGCUGAGCGAGUCCCGAUUGGUAGACAGGAAGAUUUGACAAAAAUGAAACCGAAAGCAACUAACACACGAACAAGCAGUUUGUUUUACACAGCAACACGGAAAGGACUUGGCUAUUCGUUUACUUAAAUUCACUUGCAUUAAGGAGAAAAAUGGCAUCUGUCAUCUGGAUCCUGUAUGUAGUAUUGUAUGCUGAAUUCAUGUGUGCAGUGUCUGCUGACAAGUUGGUCUCCCUGAAUUGCCAGGAUGAAAACCAUGGAGUCCAUGGCAAGGACUCUUUAUUGAAAUGCUUUCUGAAUUCUGGUGGGGAAAGCGUGAUGGUCACAGCGGCAACAUGGAGGCGGCCAGGAGGGAAGCGUCCUUUACUAAUGUUUAUAAAUGACAAAGUUAAAAUGCCGGAAGAUCCACGAUUCUCCUUUAAGCAGUUACAGGUGUCUGGCAGAAACAUAGACGUGUCCUUUCUGGUGAGAAACACAAUGAGGACAGAUGAAGGGAAAUAUGAAUGCGAAGUUGUAACUGACAGCGGUGAAGCCAAAGCAGUUGUAAGCCUUUCUGUCACAGCCACUUACUCCAAACCAGACAUGAGCUCAGUUCCGGAGAAAGACCUACAGGAGGACAUGGAAGUCACAUUAUUCUGCAAUGCCUCUGGGGGUUACCCGGUUGGCAUGAUCCACUGGUACGACCAGCAUGGCACCAACUGGACCCGCAGUGCAGAAAUGACGGUGGUGGAGACCACGGACAAACGCACGAACUUAUCCAGCAAGUUCACGCUUAGGGCUUCCUCCAUCACUCCUCAGUAUCGGUGCUUAGUGUUAAACAACAAUGGUGUGGAAGAAGGAAAGGCAGAAUUUGACCUUAAAUUUCGGGAAAAUGAGUUGGUCUCCCUGGAUUGCCAGGAUGAAAACCAUGGGGUCCUUGGCAAGGACUCUUUAUUGAAAUGCUUUCUGAAAUCUGGUGGGGAAAGCGUGAAGGUCACAGCGGCAACAUGGAGGCGGCCAGGAGAGAAGCCUCCUAUAAUAAUGUUUAUAAAUGAAAAAGUUAGAAUGCCGGAAGAUCCACGAUUCUCCUUUAAGCAGUCACAGCUGUCUGGCAGCAACAUAGAUGUGUCCUUUCUGGUGAGAAACACAUUGUGGACAGAUGAAGGGAAAUAUGAAUGCAUAGUUGAAGCUGACAGCGGUGAAGCCAAAGCAGUUGUAAGCCUUUCUGUCACAGCCACUUACUCCAAACCAGACAUGAGCUCAGUUCCGGAGAAGGACCUUCAGGAGGGAAUGGAAGUCACAUUAUUCUGCAAUGCCUCUGGGGGUUACCCGGUUGGCAUGAUCCACUGGUACGACCAGCACGGCACCAACUGGACCCCCAGUGCAGAAAUGACGGUGGUGGAGACCACGGACAAACGCACAAAUUUAUCCAGCAAGUUCACGCUUAGGGCUUCCUCCAUCACUCCUCGGUAUCGGUGCUUAGUGUUAAACAACAAUGGUGUGGAAGAAGGAAAGGCAGAAUUUGCCCUUAAAUUUCGGGAAAAAGAGUUGCUCUCCCUGGAUUGCCAGGAUGAAAACCAUGGGGUCCAUGGCAAGGACUCUUUACUGAAAUGCUUUCUGAAUUCUGGUGGGAUAAACGUGACGGUCACAGCGGCAACAUGGAGGCGGCCAGGAGAGAAGCCUCCUUUAAUUAUGUUUAUAAAUGACAAAGUUAGAGAGCCAGAAGAUCCACGAUUCUCCUUUAAGCAGUUACAGAUGUCUGGCAGCAACAUAGACGUGUCCUUUCUGGUGAGAGACACAGUGAGGACAGAUGAAGGGAAAUAUGAAUGCGAAGUUGUAACUGACAGCGGUGAAGCCAAAGCAGUUGUAAGCCUUUCUGUCACAGCCACUUACUCCAAACCAGACAUGAGCUCAGUUCCGGAGAAGGACCUUCAGGAGGGAAUGGAAGUCACGUUAUUCUGCAAUGCCUCUGGGGGUUACCCGGUUGCCAUGAUCCGCUGGUACGACCAGCACGGCACCGACUGGACCCCCAGUGCAGAAAUGACGGUGGUGGAGACCACGGACAAACACACAAACUUAUCCAGCAAGGUCACGCUUAAGGCGUCCUCCAGCGCUCCUCUGUAUCGGUGCUUAGUGUUAAACAACAAUGGUGUGGAAGAAGGAAAAGCAGAAUUUGACCUUAAAUUUCGGGAAAAUGAGUUUCUCUCCCUGGAUUGCCAGGAUGAAAACCAUGGGGUCUAUGGCAAGGAAUCUUUACUGAAAUGCUUUCUGAAUUCUGGUGGGAAAAACGUGACGGUCACAGCGGCAUCAUGGUGGCGGUCAGGAGAGAAGCCUCCUUUAAUAAUGUUUAUAAAUGACAAAGUUAGAGAGCCAGAAGAUCCACGAUUCUCCUUUAAGCAGUUACAGAUGUCUGGCAGCAACAUAGACGUGUCCUUUCUGGUGAGAAACACAUUGUGGACCGAUGAAGGGGAAUAUGAAUGCGAAGUUGUAACUGACAGCGGUGAAGCCAAAGCAGUUGUAAGCCUUUCUGUCACAGCCACUUACUCCAAACCAGACAUGAGCUCAGUUCCGGAGAAGGACCUACAGGAGGGAAUGGAAGUCACAUUAUUCUGCAGUGCCUCUGGGGGUUACCCGGUUGGCAUGAUCCACUGGUACGACCAGCACGGCACCAACUGGACCCGCAGUGCAGAAAUGACGGUGGUGGAGACCACGGACAAACACACAAACUUAUCCAGCAAGUUCACGCUUAAGGCUUCUUCCAGCGCUCCUCUGUAUCGGUGCUUAGUGUUAAACAACAAUGGUGUGGAAGAAGGAAAGGCGGAAUUUGACCUUAAAUUUCGGGAAAAUGCUUCAGGUGGUGAUUGUGCAUCCAGCUCUGCAUGUCCCUCAGGCAGGUGGAGUUGCAGGCAGGAACCUUUGUGUCCGAUGGGGAGAGGGAGAGAAGCUGAGUGUCGUUUGCAUUGGCAUUGGCUUUGGCGUCGGCAUUGGUAUUGGAGUGAUAGAAGCUGGGACCAAGGGAUCUGGUGUAGAAGAAGAGGAGAAUGGGACGAAGGACUGAUCCCUUGGAAACUCCGGUGGCAAGGGGUCGGGGUGGUGAUACCUUACCCGCCCAGGCAACCUUGGAGGAACGGUCAGAGAGAGUUGGUCUCCCUGGAUUGCCAGGAUGAAAACCAUGGGGUCCUUGGCGAGGACUCUUUACUGAAAUGUUUUCUGAAUUCUGGUGGGAAAAACAUGACGUUCAUGUCGGCAUCAUGGUGGCGGCCAGGAGGGAAGCCUCCUUUAAUAAUGUUUAUAAUGGACGAAGUUCUAGAGCCAGAAGAUCCACGAUUCUCCUUUAAGCAGUCACAGAUGUCUGGCAGCAACAUAGAUGUGUCCUUUCUGGUGAGAAACACAUUGAGGACAGAUGAAGGGAAAUAUGAAUGCUUUGUUGUUACUGACAGUGGAUAUGCCAAAGCAGUUGUAAGCCUUUCUGUCACAGCCACUUACUCCAAACCAGACAUGAGCUCAGUUCCGGAGAAGGACCUUCAGGAGGGAAUGGAAGUCACAUUAUUCUGCAAUGCUUCUGGGGGUUACCCGGUUGGCAUGAUCCACUGGUACGACCAGUACGGCACCGACUGCACCCCCAGUGCAGAAAUGACGGUGGUGGAGACCACGGACAAACGCACAAACUUAUCCAGCAAGUUCACGCUUAAGGCUUCCUCCAGCGCUCCUCUGUAUCGGUGCUCAGUGUUAAACAACAAUGGUGUGGAAGGAGAGGCGGAAUUUGACCUUAAAUUUCGGAAAAAAGAGUUGGUCUCCCUGAAUUGCCAGGAUGAAAACCAUGGGGUCCAUGGCAAGGACUCUUUACUGAAAUGCUUUCUGAAUUCUGGUGGGGAAAGCGUGAGGGUCACAGCGGCAACAUGGAGGCGGCCAGGAGAGAAGCGUCCUUUAAUAAAGUUUAGAUAUAACAAAGUUAGUGUCCGAGAAGAUCCACGAUUCUCCUUUAAGCAGUUACAGUGGUCUGGCAGCAACAUAGACGUGUCCUUUCUGGUGAGAAACACAGUGAGGACAGAUGAAGGGAAAUAUGAAUGCAAAGUUGUAACUGACUCUGGUGAUGCCAAAGCAGUUGUAAGCCUUUCUGUCAGAGCCACUUACUCCAAACCAGACAUGAGCUCAGUUCCGGAGAAGGACCUUCAGGAGGGAAUGGAAGUCACAUUAUUCUGCAAUGCCUCUGGGGGUUACCCGGUUGGCAUGAUCCACUGGUACGACCAGCACGGCACCGACUGGACCCGCAGUGCAGAAAUGACGGUGGUGGAGACCACGGACAAACACACGAACUUAUCCAGCAAGGUCACGCUUAGGGCGUCCUCAAUCACUCCUCAGUAUCGAUGCUUAGUGUUCAACAACAAUGGUGUGGAAGGAGGAAAGGCGGAAUUUGCCCUUAAAUUUCGGGAAAAAGAGGGGGACCAGGGCAGCAUGGGCAGCAUGAGCAGCACGGCCAGCACGGCCAGCACGGCAGUCCUCGUCAUCGUCAUACCCCUGCUGUGCGGCCUGCUGAUUUUGGCUCUGCGCAGACAGCGCGCUCAGCCGGCCCGAAGGCUGUCAACUCACCCCAUAUUGGGGGCGAUGUAUCCAGAGGGUUCAGACAUGAUGGAAGAAGGCUUUCUCAAAAAAGGUGUCCAGGCAAUGCAGUGGAUAACAAUCUCUUCUUGUUCAACAAGUUCGGCAGGUUUGAACAAUGGCAGAUCAAUGGAAUUAAUUCCUCCAUUUUUUUAAACUUUUGAAGCUGGAUUAUUGCCCCUUCAGGAUUGUGUGUAAUCCUUAUAGUAACAAAUCGCUGCAGAUUCUGGGGAAAUUGAGGAUUUUUACAGACGGCUUCCCUUUUUCCCCCCCAAAAAGAUCAUCACGUCCUUUUCAUUUCCUGAUAUGGAACCUCAAACUGAAGUUUGUGGAGACACUACAUUGUAUUAGUGAUGUGAGAAUGUAAUGCUCAAAACGAGGUAUCACACAAGUAAAAUAACACAAACAAUAUGGGGGAAAAAAAUAACAGGGCAACACAGUUCAGUCGAAUUGUGGAACGUGAUCACGAACAAAUUUACAAAAUGUCAAAACAUACAGAACAAUAUAAUACAAUAAGCUUGUAUAUAGUGCUCAUUGUGCUGUGCAUUGAAGAGCCAUUAAAAAAGAAUCAUAGGAACAGGCCCCUGAGAACAGGCAAGGCCUAGGCUGUGUCCAAAACCGCUUACUUGCCUACUACUAACCACACUGGAUAGGAAAAUUAAGUAUAUCAAAUUUUUAAAAAUGCACUUAAAAUCUUGAUAUAUUUAUUUGGGGGUUCGGCUGAAUAUACAUACUUUUCAGAAAGUAAGCCAUACGUUUUUUUUUUUUUAGGACGCCUCACAGGAAGAAGCGGAGCCAUCUUUGGGUCCCAUCAAUUAGAGAGCAAGUCUUUUUACUGCAAGGGCUACUUUGCAUUACUCAUGACACUUCCGCAGUACGAUUGGAAAAAAGUGUGAGGAAUAUUUUUAUAAAUUUUAUGUUUAGUCGCCAGUACAUAUUCUGAGCACACAGUAGUUUAGGAGGCUGUUUUGGACACGGCCUUAAUGACUGAUAUUUGAAGUCUGAUCAACUGAUGUUUUGGAUUUUGGUUACAAAGACAUGGUGCAGAGCAGCCUAAACCUAUGCCUCGGAUUGCUUUGUUGUGAGGUCUGUGUCUGCAGACCGCAGAAACAGGAUUUCCAAGAUUUUAAAGUGCUCAUGUGCUUUAUAGGUAGUGAGGUCCUAGUUUAAAGGGGGCAGAACAGCAACCGCGGUGCAGAAAAUGCUCUGCGCAGCAUCUGUGAAAAAGAACAGUGUUAGUUAAACUUGGAACUAUACAGUGGAUCCCAACGUGAACUUUGUUGUCGCUAAAUUAACACUACAGUCCUAAGAGUCCAGGACACCAACAACAAAGCAUUAUAAUAAUUCAACCUGGUGAUUGUACAGGCGUUUCCUCUGCAUUCGCAUUGUCAUUACAAGGGUUAGUCUAAACUUUACUGCAUUGUGCAAUUUAGAUGAAGUUCAUUUGGGCCCCAUUGUUGCACUCCUUGCCUUUGCGUUCUCACUGAAGAUAUUUUCGGACGUGAGUGUGUACAGAGAUGUUUUGUGCUGUACAUGUAGAAACAUGAUCGCUAUUCCUU